CAGAACUGUAAGAUCAGUUUCUCAAGAUCAGGCUGCAGAUACAGUCAGUCGUUUAGUUCGUAACAUAAAAAACAAAAUGCCUAAAUUAACUUUGUAUGGUUUGGAUCUUAGUCCACCACACCGUGCCUGUGUUUUAACCCUGAAAGCAUUAAAUUUACCAUUUGAAUACAAAUCCGUUAAUUUUCUAGAGAAGCAACACUUGACCGAAGAUUAUCUGAAAAAGAAUCCUCAACACACUGUGCCCACAUUGGAAGAUGACGGUCACUUUAUUUGGGAUUCUCAUGCCAUCAUCACUUACCUGGUGAGCAAAUACGGCAAAGAUGAUACUCUCUAUCCCAAGGAUUUACUGAAGCGCGCCCUAGUUGAUCAACGUUUGCAUUUCGAAAGCGGUGUAGUAUUCACAGGCAGUUUGCGUAACAUCACAUGUCCUUUGAUCAUGAAGAAUGAGACAAGAAUUCCACAGCACAAAAUCGAUGCCAUUGUUGAGACCUACGACUUUUUGGAAGUUUUCCUCAAGGACUCCCCAUAUGUGGCUGGUGAUCAUUUGACAGUUGCCGAUUUUAGUAUCGUAUCAACCGUUACUACGUUGGUGGCAUUUGUUGAAAUUGACAGUGCAAAAUAUCCAAAAGUAACCGCCUGGAUCAAGCGCUUGGAAGCCCUUCCUUACUAUCAUGAAGCCAAUGCUGUUGGUAACAAAAUAUUUGUGGAUAUUAUUAAAUCCAAGAAUUUCACAAUUGUAGAAUAAGUCUUAUUGCUGAAUGUUAUCUUAUUUCCCUAAAUAAUGUAAAAUAUUUUAAAUGUAAUAAUAUUUUAU